AUGGAAGCACGCCAGCAGCUCUCCAGGCCUUGGUUGACUGAUGGGAAACUUGAAGGAGUGGUGUUUAACUGCAGCUGCAAUAUCCGUUGGAUCCAGCUGUGGCAGCAGCGAGGUGAAGCCGGGCUCCAUAACCAGCACCUGUUCUGCAAUAACGGUGUCUUCAAGAUCCCUCUACAGCGCAUGAACAUCUCUCACUGUGAUUUGCCGGAGAUCAGCGUAAGUCACAGUAACCUGACAGUGAUGGAAGGUGACAGGGUGACAAUCACCUGUAAUGGGUCAGGAGUGCCGGUACCAGAAGUGGAUUGGACUGUUGGUGGACUGCACUCCAUUAACACUCAUCAAUCCAAUCAAUAUCCACCGAAUGUUCACUCCAUCAACUUAACUCUGGUCAACAUCAGCCGAGACGAUAACAGCUUCAUGCUGACCUGCAUUGCAGAGAAUAUAGUUGGGAUGACUAAUGCCUCAAUACAGCUUUCAGUGCAGUUCCCUCCUGUCAUCAUUAAGUUUGAGGAGCCAGAGAAGAGGCAUGACACGUGUAUGGUCUUCACGGUGCGUGCAAACCCCCUGCCCACCCUCCGCUGGUACUAUAAUGGCAGGGAGAUCAAGCCGACAGACUAUGUUACACCAAAAAUGGAUGUCUAUCUGGACAACUUAGAGGGAUGCCUCUUAUUCAAAAACCCCACACACCACAACAAUGGGAAUUACACUCUGGAGGCCAGCAACUUCCUGGGCGUGGCUGUCAAAACUGUGUACGCCCACUUUCUUCAGCCACCCUUUGAUGUAGACUACACAGAAUAUGGGAGUCCGACUCCGACAGCUGUUACAACCAUGACACAUCGGCCUGAAGAGGACACGUUUGGCCAAUACCCAGAUGACCUAUAUUGGCCACAGAGUCCUGCACUGGUCCAUUUUGGAGACCCGUGGCCGACCGUAUCGAUUAUGCGAGUUGGCUUGGCUGGCUUCGCACUGCGUUACUCAGUCCUUGCUCAGUACUAUGUUUGUGCUAAUGCAACAAAUAUGGCAAGAGCGCUCAAAAGAUUAUGGAUCAUGAUAAG